AUGUCCACAAACGAGACGCUACGUAACACAGUGAGUGACAGCGACGCUGCGACGGCUUCUCUUCAUGACAACUUCGGCAAGGUUUUUAACUUGUUGCAACAGCAGAAAGAGCAGCCGUCCCAAUCAGAAGCUCUACUUGUCCAACAUCAAUCUACAAUCGAGAAUCUGGAAAUCUUUGAAACUCAAGUAGAGGAAAAGAGGUGCAUCAUGACUGAGCUGGAAGCAAUUGUGGAGCGAAGGAAACAGAGGCUGGAGUUCCACGACCAGCCUACGGUGGCGCUGUCCCCCAACGAUAACACACCCAGAGGUGACUCCAAGUGUGUUCUGCAGAAUGAAGGAAAGGGGCCAAAAAUAUAA